AUGUCAAAGAAGUUCGACAAGCUUUUGGAGGCAGCCACUGACAGCACAAAUUUGGAACCCAACUGGGAUGGAAUAAUCGCAUGUUUUGACUCCAUACGUUCAGGGGAAGUGCCCGCUAAAGCUGCUAUGCAGUCAAUACGGAAGAGAAUCCAACAUGAUAAUCCCCAUGUUGCAAUGCAUGCUCUUCUUGUGCUCGACGCAUGCGUGAAGAAUUGUGGUCACAAGAUACAUGCUGAAGUUGCUACUAGAGAAUUCAUGGAGGAGUUCAAAAAUCUGGGAAUAGGAAGCCAGUAUGAAGAUGUGAAAACCAAGGUGUUGGAAAUGCUGCAGUGUUGGGCAAUGGCAUUUGCUAACAAACCAGAGUACAAAAUUGUC